GGCCUAGCAGGGACUGCGGGGGGCCAAUCCGAGGCGCCUGCGCCCGUUCCGCGCCCCGCCCUGCAAGCCCGCGAACCCCGCGGGCCUGGUCCGGCGGAAGCUCGGAGGCGUCGGUAGCAGCGGGGGCGUUGGCGGCAUUUGUUGGGAGCUAUUUUUAGAAAGAAGAAACAUGGAAAGUGGUGCAGUUUUGCUGGAAUCCAAAUCCUCACCGGUUAAUCUUCUGCAUGAAAUGCACCAACUACGCCUUCUGGGUCACCUGUGUGACGUGACUGUCAGCGUGGAGUACCAGGGCAUCCGCAAAGAAUUCAUGGCCCAUAAGGCAGUGCUGGCAGCCACUAGCAAAUUUUUUAAGGAAAUGUUCCUCAAUGAGAAGACUGUGGAUGGCAGUAGGACUAAUGUUUACUUAAAUGAAGUGCAAGUUGUUGACUUUGCUUCAUUUCUUGAGUUUGUUUACACCGCAAAGGUACAGGUAGAAGAAGAUCGGGUACAGCGAAUGCUGGAAAUAGCUGAAAAGCUUAAAUGUUUAGACUUAUCAGAAACUUGUUUUCAAUUAAAGAAACAGAUGUUAGAGUCGGUACUUUUGGAGUUGCAGAAUUUCUCUGAGUCUCAGGAGGUGGAAGGGAGCAGUAGCUCCCAAGGUAGUGUUACUCCUGAUACUGCGGCAAGUGUGGCUGCGGACAGUCCUCUUGCCAAUGGCCUUAUGGACUCCUCAGACCCCCUAGUGCAGAGAAUCAGCAAUGGCAUGUUGCCAGAUAUGCCCCCAAGGAAGUCCAAGGAGAAACCAGACAAGAAGAAAGAUGUAGUUAAGCCUUCCUACCCUAAAAUCAGAAGAGCUAGUGGAAGGCUGGCUGGCAGAAAGGUAUUUGUGGAAAUUCCUAAAAAGAAAUAUACAAGAAGACUCCGAGAACAGCAGAAAAGUGCUGAGGAUGAUGUGGGGGACUACAGGUGGCCACAAGAACCCAGCCCAGACACUGUGGGUACAGAGAUGGAGCCGGUAACAAAAAAUGAAGAUUUCAGUGCUGAAGUAGAGGUGGGGGAGGUGCUGCAGAAGGCAAGACAUAGGGAGGAGGAGAAUGAGGAGGGUGAGGAGGAGAAGAGGAGGAGCAACUUUAAGUGCACUAUCUGUGAAAAGGCCUUUUUGUAUGAAAAGAGCUUCCUGAAGCACAUUAGGCACUACCAUGGAGUGGCCACUGAGGUGGUUCACCGGUGUGAUACCUGCAGCCAGACCUUCGCCAACCGCUGCAACCUGAAGAGCCACCAGCGUCACGUACACAGUAGUGAGCGCCACUUCCCAUGUGAGUUCUGUGGGAAGAAAUUCAAGAGGAAGAAGGAUGUCAAGCGGCAUGUGGUACAGGUCCAUGAAGGAGGUGGUGAGCGGCACCACUGCCAGCAGUGUGGCAAGGGCCUGAGUUCUAAGACAGCCCUACGGCUCCAUGAGCGGACACACACGGGCCACAAGCCCUACAGCUGCACUGAGUGUGAGGCCAAGUUCUCACAGCCCUCAGCACUGAAGACCCACAUGAGGCUGGAGAGGAAAUUGAAUUGCAAAGUGAGGUUUGAAAUACAUCCUAAGUUAUCAUCUGAAUGUUGUACUUUCAGAAUUCAUACAGGGGAAAAACCUUUUGUCUGUGAUGAAUGUGGUGCAAGAUUCACUCAGAACCACAUGCUGAUAUAUCAUAAAAGGUGUCACACAGGUGAAAGACCUUUUAUGUGUGAAACAUGUGGCAAGAGUUUUGCUUCUAAGGAGUAUUUAAAACAUCACAAUAGAAUCCAUACUGGAUCCAAACCCUUUAAAUGUGAAGUUUGUUUCAGGACUUUUGCCCAGCGGAAUUCACUUUACCAGCAUAUUAAAGUCCACACAGGAGAACGUCCCUAUUGUUGUGACCAGUGUGGUAAGCAGUUCACCCAGCUCAAUGCUCUCCAGCGCCACCAUCGGAUCCACACAGGAGAGAAACCAUUCAUGUGUAAUGCAUGUGGACGGACCUUUACUGACAAGUCCACUCUCCGGCGGCACACCUCAGUACAUGAUAAGAAUACGCCAUGGAAGUCUUUCCUUGUUAUUGUAGAUGGCUCACCCAAGAAUGAUGAAGGGCAUAAAACUGAACAGCCUGAUGAAGAAUAUGCAUCAUCCAAACUUUCCGAUAAAUUGCUGUCUUUUGCAGAAAAUAACCACUUUCACAACCUGGCCACAGUCCAAGGCAGCAUAUCUUCUGUACAUGAGAGUAGUUCUGUAGACACAGCCUGCAAGUCAGAUAAUUCUGUGGUGCCCCAGGAUGCUCUGCUGGCCACCACCAUCAGUGAGCUUAGUGAGCUGACUCCACAGACACAUCUGAUACCCACACAACUUCACUCUUUGACCAAUAUGGAGUAAGAGCUGGCAAUUACCUGCCAGGCAGGUCCCAUCGUGCACCUUGUGUGAUAGUGUAUGCAAGAUGAUGUCAGGAGCUAAGAAACAGGCAAAGAAGUGGGCAAGAAUGGCUUCUGAUUUUCCUAAAUUGAUAACUUGCACGUUUUUAUCAAAACAUUUUUAAAGCUUUCCCUUAAAAAUCCUUAUCUGCAUGAUCCCAGCUACACUUUAUCAACACAUAAGGCAAUUAAUAUAACCUCACCUAAUUCUGGUGUAGGCUGCUACAUGCAUUAAUCAUUCUAAUGCCUGAGUACCUUGAUGUUUGUUAAGUUUAGACAACUACCUUAAUAAUAGAGUACACAAGAUAUUUUUCUAAAAAGCUGAAAUAAAACUCGAGCCAUGUAUUGUUUCUUUCCUGUCGAAUUGAAGCAAAUCAGAUUUGCUAAAGGGACCCUUGAAUGGGACUGAAGAAAUGAAUUACUGAAUUCAUUUCCUUCCACUCCCUUACACCCACACUAAAAAAGGAAUGACACUUGCAAACAGCUUAGUAUAACCCCUAAUCACAACACAUACACAGCUAGGAAAUUUGUCAUAAAAUAGCUUUUGAAAUGAGAUGUGGCUGUUCAGUUUCAUUCCUAAAAACCUAAUAAGGUAAAAUCUGUCCUACCAAAGAUUUUAGUAGCAAUCUAUAGUUUUUGUUUUGUUUUGUUUUGCAAAAAGGUGUGAAAAAUUAAGCCACAGGGUUUACAACACUUGAAACUGUUUUUAUUUUACUGACCAGUAGCAAUGAGGUGAUUAUGGCAAACCUUAGAGCAGAGUAAUUAGUAUUUCUGUCUUUUCUGACUUAACUUCUGUAACUUUCAGAAACCCAAACUUACACAUUUGUUUACUUAGGAACAUGAGAGAAUACAGCCAAGGGACCAAAAACCUUGGCACACAUCAUUGAUUAUGCCUUAAAAGUAGAUUGCGGAGAACCAAUAAUUUGUCGUAAAUGCCCCUUUGGCUGUGUUAUGCUGGAGUUAAUGAAUUUGCAAUGAAAGGAUAAUUCUGCUGUAUUUACUAAGCUUGAUUCAUGGUUCCAGUGGCUUUUGUAUGUAGUUGUGACUCAUAAGUAACCCUAAACAUAUUUAUUUAAAGACAGCCUUAAAAGGGAAUUCUGUUGACAGUUUUUCUACAUUUUAAUUUAUUAAUUUACUGUGAAAACACUUUCAUUUCUAAGAGAAAGAACUUAUCCAUAAGUUCCAGGAUGAAGAUAUGGCUAUACCAUUCCAGAAACAUUAAUGAGGGAAAACUUUUUUCCUAUGUGUUUAUUUUGUUCUAGUUUAUAACAUGUUACAUACUAAAGCCACUAUAAGGUGUGUUUUAGGUGCUGAUAACAUGUUUCACACCUGCUCUUAAAGAACAGUGGUACUGAACUAGUUCAAAUUCAAUUAUGACAAUAUAUCCUAACUAGGUUACAGAACAACAACAAACAGUGACAGUUACAUAGCCAUUUUAUUCUUGGUAAGAAUGAACCUGCCUAACUAAUGUACUGUUUCAUGGAGUAAAGUCAUCUUAAUGAGAAGGAAUUUAAAUAAUAGAUAUUUUGUUACCUACUAGAUGCAUUUUUGUCGUAAAAUUUUCUUUAGAAAUUCUAUAAAAAGUCAUUUAAUGUGUUAAUAAAUGUUUGUAAAAUAGUUUUGCAAGUUUUUUCCCUGUUAUUAGAAUUUAGGCUCUAUAGAUUGAAACAAGUAUAAUUUUCUUAAUUUUAUGGAUAAGGAAGUUUAAAAUCAAGACUGUAGUCCUAGGAAUAAUCUCUUUAGUUUUAACUAUGUGAACUGCACACUUAUUCUUUAGAAGUAAAAGGCCUAGUGAUAAGUAACACUAACCUUUGCUUGUAUAGAAGUAACCUGUGCAGCUGGUGCUGUGGAGUGUGUAAGUGGACUGGUUUUUUUCAAUGGCGUGUUUAAGAUUGCAUCAUAUCGAAGACUUAUUUCUCCAGUUUAUCUAUUUCUUUGCUUCCUGGGAAGGUAAAGCUGCCUCUGAGAAUAGAAGUCUGUUAACCUUAUGGAAGACUCAUCAUUGAGGGAUUUGUGGGGCAUCUCCUCCUAUUUCUCUUAGUCCAAGUACAGUCUCCCUGAGGGAAAGCAAGCUAUCGUAUCACUAUGUCAGUCCUAAAUCCAUGACUGGGAAAGUGCCCUUGGUGCUGGCUGCUUCUCCUAGAGCCUCAGAAAAGGCAGUUAAGGGAGUGAUUUAGUGCCUUUCAACCAUAAUGUGGGAACUAGUCUCAGCCUAAACUCCAAAGAUCUCUGCUGAUUUUAGUUUUACCAAAAUUUUUGUUUUACACUUUGGGAAAAAAUGGACCAUGUGGUGGGAGAAGACCUUUAUUGAAGGUAAUUUUAACAAAUGUGGUUUUGCUAUAAAAUCAGAUAAUCCAAACCAACAAUUUGAUGGUAAGUUACAACUUAGUUGUAACUUGUUAAAUUUAUACCUUAUCACACAGGGACAUUUUUUUGAGACCAAUGAGUGGUCAUCCCUUUAAUUAAACUUGACAGUGUGAAACUUGAAGUAACAAUAUUUUAUUUCAGUGGGGGAGGGCACUUGUGCAAAGGACCAUUUGCUCACAUAUACCUAAAUGUGGGCAUAUAUGACUGAGCAAGGUACAAACACAGGUCAGGGGCUACCUAGCAUGUUACCCAGUUAAGCCCCAGAACCCACCCACUUACCUUUGUCAAUCUGUACAGGACUCAUACCAAGGCUGGCAAAACUAGUUUUUUUUAACCACCAUAGUGGCUUCUUUCUGUUAGGAAAUAAUGAUUCUGAGAUAAACUAAACCUUGAAUGAUCAACAACUUCUCAGAAUUCCUAGGUUGGGAUGGUCUGUUCUACCAUUCUUUUUUUCAAAAUUUGCUGUAUUAUCUUUAAGUUAUAGGAAUAUGCUCAAUGACCUGAACAUUGCUCUUAGGAUGAGGUGACCCAUACUACUACACCACAUGGCACCCUCUUCCUCCAUAGAGGCCAGUGGGCUCAACCUUGCCCAGGGGCAUGUGCUAACCCUAUACAGACAUCUGCAAGUUCAAUAAAUGCCAAAAGAGUUGAGUAACUUCAGGGUUCCCCCCCCCUCCUCUCCUCUCCCACCUAGCAGUUUUCUGUGAACCAGUCCUCCCUCAACUUUUCAAGCCCAAAGGAUGCAAGCAGCAUUCCUUAUCAGGGCAACAGGUAGGGAUGAGAAUGUGAGGCUUACAAAGUCAUUGUGCAAAUUUAGCAGCCUAUCAACAGACUAUAACCAGGGCUUCUUUCAUAAACCCUUAGUGUGCAAAAUCAUUACAGUUCCCUGAAUUUCCAAAAAGUGAAAGAUUUUAGCAUAGUCAAACUCAAGUUUUAAAGGAUAUUCAAAAAGCCUAGAGAAUUAUUGCCUUAAACUGAAUAGGAAUAACUUCAAGAAAGGAAGCUACUCAUGAUCUGUAUAAAUUUAGGUAGAAAAGACCUGUCAAAAUAUUACUCAUAAUUUCCAUUUUAUUUACAGGUUCACAUAAAACAUACAUACUCUUUUAUGCUAAGGUAGGUUUAUGGUUAGUUUUCAUAAUACAAUCCUCUACCUAAGAGUAUGAGAGAAGAAAACACCACAGUGACCAACUCAGAACUUCACAGGCAGGAACCUGCUAGCAUACCAUAGGUGGCAGGUCACAGACAGCAAUGCUGUGCUGCCCAACCCUCCAAAGAAAGCCACAAAGGUUUUCAUUUGGAUACUUUAAAUGCAAAGUGUCAAAGGAAACAAAUGCACACUCUUUCAUUAUAGUCACACCAUCAUAACAGUCACAGCUGUGCAAAAAUACUGUUUUCAAAUCAUUACAUAAAAAAGGAACUCACACAAGCUAUAAAAAUGUUGCUACAAAAAGCAAAGCUUUCCUGUAAGAAAUUUUAACUGACUUUGACCAUGAACCACACCCAGAUUUGCUAAAAUACAAGAACUGUAACAAACAGUCAUCAUAUUUUGUUCAUGAUCCUACAUUCGACAAUGGAACACUUCAAGGAAGGAUGUUUGGCUACUAUUAAUGGAGCUUUUUCCCUCUCAUUUUCCUUUUACUUUCUAGCCUGUCUGUUCUAGUCGUUACACUUAUUUUUACUUUCCUGUGAAAUAUUAAAAAAAAAAUCUUUAACUCAGACACUGAAUUCCACUGUUCAUUUCAAAACAGGCAAGUCUCUGACAUAAAAUGUUGCCAAUGUUAUUUUUAUAAACUGCACCUCUUUUUCAUACAGGUUUAUUAGGGGAUCAUAAUAAAAGCUAAAUGGAUUUCCCAUAAAAGAAAGCAUCUGGUUUAUAUUUUAAGUGGUCGGACCAGGAGAUUCUUCUAACAAGUGGAAACACACUUUUUAGGCUAGUGAUAAAAGAAGCAUGCUGGCUGGCUAGGAUUUUAAUGCUCUCCAGGUGGCAGAGACUUAUGGCCGGAGGACAUGGGCUACAAAAGCACUGCCCAUGCCUCACUUUCACAGAAGUGCAUUUGGAAAAACUUUUUACAAAGUACAUUUGCAUGGCUGUGAAACAGAUUAGGUAAAGCAACAAAAAUUCACUUUUCUCUCAAUAUUUUCAUAAGAGAUUCCAACAGGAAAUAAGAAAGUAGCAAAUGAACUCCAUUCCAAAUUGUACUAUCAGUGAUAACCAGCUUUAAGAAUCCCUGACUUCUGAAGGGAAAAAGAAAUACUCAACAGAUUCCAGGGCCCAACACCAGAGUGUCCAUGUCUUCUGGUCCAGUCCCUCUGCUCUCAGCUGAUACUAUGAAACCACUAACCUUCCUCUCCACCAGUCCACCUUGCACACAUCACCCUACAACUACAGCCAGGGAAUCCUCCCAGCCAUCUGAGAAAGAGCCUCCACAAUAUGGCCUCAGCUGGCCCUUCCAACCUUCUGUUUAUUUUUUUUAAUUAUUUCUUUUUUAAAGAUUUCAUUUAUUUUCAGAGAAAAGGGAAGGAAGGGAAAAAGAGGGAGAGAACCAUCAAUGUGCAAGUAGAUAACACUGAUUGGUUGCC